UGUGCAUCGUCUCUGAAUGCUAACGUCAGCCCAAUGGGAAUGACUACACUUCUUUGGACCGACAUAUGUCACGGCCAAGACGACGAAAGCCGCUGCAGCCAUUGUGAAGGCGAUCUUACUAUAGAAGACGCGGAAAAAGGUGCUUCUGAUGGCUGUCCUCUAUGCGCGAUAGCUAUGGCAUGUUUGGAGUUGGUCAGCCCAUGGUACAGACGUGAAGAGUUCAAGAGAAUCCAUUUCACCCAGGGCAUCAAUGUGGUCCUUGUCCCGUACAACAAGCACAACGUGAGGCUUGAAAUCCUGUGGUAUAACGAACGUCUGAGGUCAGACAGCCUUCCGGGGAUAAUAUCGACUCUGAAGGACAACAUUCCUCUGCGAAUCUUGCCUACCACAACGUCAUCGGACUCGACAUUUUCCACUGUCAGGCAAUGGCUGACCGACUGUCUUGAAAACCACCAAGAGUGCCAGGACACAGUAUUCUCCGAUCACGAAACGUCUCUCAAGCAGGUCCGCUUCCUCCGCCUUACGAACGACAAAGCCUUCCUGGUCCACAAUACCCUGCCUGUUCGUUACGUGUGUUUGAGUUAUUGCUGGGGUGCCAAAGCCAACAUGCCGAAGUUGACAAAAGCGAACCUGGCUGCACGCCAGGUUGACGGAGUGGAUAUAUCAACUCUCCCACGUACUUUCAGAGACGCAAUUGAGAUCUGCCGUAGAUUCGAGGUCGAGUACCUCUGGAUUGAUGGCCUCUGUAUCAUUCAAGACGAUGCAGAUGAUUGGCGUACACAAUCAGCUCUCAUGGCAGACAUCUACGAGCAUGGAUAUUUCACUGUUGCUGCGAGCAAGGGUAGAAACCCCGAUGACGGCUGCUUCAGCAAUAACAUUUACGGGCUUCCAGACUUUCCAACUGUUCAUGUCGUUCCGCUACUUGAACGGGCAUGGGUGUAUCAGGAGAUGUGUUUGUCACCCCGUACUGUCCAUUAUGGCCAUCAUGAGAUUUAUUGGCACUGCCGCAAGCAUGACAAACGCCAAUCCACCACGGCUCCACUUCUACUCGAUACCGAGAGCCAACUCACAACCACCUUCGAACAUCGUCUACGCAGAUCAUGGCACCAAAUGGUUAUGGCCUACACGAACAGAAAACUGACCUUCCCUUCAGACGGGCUGCCUGCAUUUGGAGCAAUGGCGAAAAAACAGCUUAAUGCACGAACCGCUGAUCAGUAUCUUGCGGGUCUGUGGAAGAACACCCUUCUAUUCGACCUGGGUUGGAACUAUCACAUGAAGAUGAAGAUUAACAAGACUGCUGUGCCACACGUACCGACGUGGUCAUGGGCGCGGUUUCGUGGACCUAUAAAAUGGAAUAGCUGGCGGGAGGACAUGCGCUUCAACAAUGUCAAGGUUUUGGAAACUGUCUACGUUACGAGAGGUCCUGUGGUUUCCGGCAUGAUUGAAAAGGCUGCCAUCAUACUGAAAGCCCCAUUGAUCAGGCUUUGCGAUAUGCGUACCUACUACGACUCAUCAAACGACGACGAUGUUACAGAUGACUUAUUUGCUGACCAAUUGGAACCCAGUCCAUCAUCGCCUCUCAAGCAUGAAAUGCUCUACCAUGACUGCGACUGGGAUGUGUAUCGUUUAAAUAACGACGAAUAUGAUACCAAAACUUACGCCCUACCGUUGGCGUACGAGAAGGAGAUGUUCGACAGAAUGGGAAUGUACACCCCUCCAUAUCUUCACAU